AUGGCGGGAUGCCACUACAGAGUCAAGCUCGGGUCGCUCUUUGUUGCCCUGGGCUUGUUGCUUGUGGCAGGGCGAAUAAAGGCUUUUGUAGGCAGAGCGCACAUCAGCAGGACUUGCUGCAAAGCCAGGAACUUCGAGUCGGAGCUGUCAGUGGAAGAGAUGCUAAGACUGCAACGGCAGCGCUCACUGCAGAAGGAUUCCCGAAAUGAAGGGAGCCUACAAACGGGGGAGUCGAAGGAAGAGCAGCGAGUUCUUACCCCAGAGGUAUUGCCAAGAAAGCCAUGCUGGAUCAGCUCGAAACCUAUAGCAGAGCUGCCAUGUGUUUUCGCACCUCAGGAGGAAGGUGUGCGUGAGCUGGGGUCGGCGAUUGAGCUGAAGUUCUGGCAGAGUCCGUAUAUCCGACUCUGGGAUUAUGCCUGCAAGCAGACAUCUGGGGUGGUUGCUGUUCGAUAUAGCCGCGGCUCGCUUUCUCGAAGUCCCCACACCUUUGCCUUGUGGCCUGCAAUGCCCAGGGAGC